AUGUCGAGUAACAGGAAUUACGACUUUUUGAUCAAGCUCCUGCUGAUUGGAGACUCGGGCGUGGGCAAGUCCUGCUGCCUCCUCCGCUUUUCGGAGGACUCGUUCACACCCUCGUUCAUCACGACGAUCGGCAUCGACUUCAAGAUCAGGACGAUCGAGCUGGACGGCAAGCGCGUGAAGCUUCAGAUUUGGGAUACGGCCGGUCAGGAGCGGUUCAGGACGAUCACGACGGCGUAUUAUAGGGGCGCGAUGGGUAUUUUGUUGGUGUAUGAUGUGACGGAUGAAAGGUCGUUCAACAACAUCCGCACUUGGUUCGCCAACGUCGAGCAACACGCCACCGAGGGCGUCAACAAGAUUCUGAUUGGCAACAAGUGCGACUGGGAAGAGAAGCGGGUGGUGUCGACUGAACGGGGCCAGGCGCUCGCGGACGAGCUGGGGAUCCCGUUUUUGGAGGUGUCGGCCAAGACGAAUGAGAAUAUCGAAAAGGCCUUUUACAGCCUGGCGGCGGAUAUCAAGAAGAGGAUCAUCGAUACGAGCAAGACGGAGCAAGGGAGUGCAGGGGCGUCGACGGGGGUUAAUGUUGGGGGCCAGACUUCGGGUGAUAAGGGGGGUGGUUGCUGCUAAUGGAGGGGAGGGGUAGGGUAUGAGAGACCAUAAACACCGUUGCAAAAGGGAAGGGAGUGGUUGAUACAGGGUUGUAUUGGUUUUAUUUUGCUGGGUGACCUUUUUUAUUUAUUUUUCAUCGGGAUGCUUGCUGCUGGCGAUUAUGAUUGGGGGUAUGAAGGGGGGAUAUGGAGGGGGCGGAGGAAGGUAAAGCAUACGCGAUGGGUUGAUAACAAUGGGUAGGGCAAAUGCAAAUAUUUAGGGUGUUUCUAUUUUUAUUUUUAUUUUUGAGAGAGAGACAGUUUUUAUUUUAUUUUUUUCCAAUGAAAGGCAAGAGAUGAUAAGAUGAUGAG